UAAGCUCUAAAUCAUAACAUCGAUUGCCAAAAAAAUCAUGAAUCUGAAAUAUCUAGAGGUGGUUCGGCGACCACCUUAACCUUUUCCGUUUUCGAUUCGAUUCCCCACAAGAACCUCGACAGUCUGAAGCUCUUCAGAAGGCAUGGAACGAUCUCUACAUCGAGUACCUCUCCGUGAUGAUGGCUAUGUUCCCCAAGUGUCUUCGGGCAGUGUGAAGCCGAAGCUUGGAUAUUUCGAAAUUUACUCUAUGUGCUUCGUAGAAGUCCCGCCAGAUCAACGAAGUCAUCUUCGUAAUGGAGGAGUGAAAUCCUCAAUGGGUUAAUAGUUGAAACUUUCAUUGAUUCCAUGUUCCGAGACAGCACCAACUGUACAUUAUUUACGAAGAGUUUAACUUUAGUUCUUAGUACAAUUUCAAAUAGUUAUGAUAAUUACAAGUUUAUUUUACAACAUUCGUGAAGUGAAUUAAAUUUAACAACUAAUUUUGUUUAUUUCGUAAUCACAAAUCACAUAUAGGAAUCAAAUAAUAAUUACUUAAUGGAAACUUAAUAGUACAGAUAACACGAAGGGGCUUGGUAAUUGGCAGAUUCAUCCGCAAUUAUUUUCUUUAAAAUAAUAGACAAAAUGCACGUAGUAAGGACACGACAUCCUUUAAAAACCUCGUCACCAUCUCAAAUCAUUACAGUUUUGAAAAUAAUCUUACAAGAUGAUUAACGGAAUAACUUUAGAUGAUAGUGUUCAAGAUGCGAUUAAAAAUAUUAAAAUAAAUUUAAAGUUUGAUAAAAAUACCGAUGUGAAAGUGUCUGAAGGAUCAGCUUCCGGUGAUGGUUACGCUUCAAAAACUUGCGCCGUCCAAUUAAAAUCGAAUGAAAAAAAAUUAGAUUUGUUCGUGAAAUACUUUCCGAUCGACACCAUCCAACAAAAAGAAGUGAUUAUAAAAUUAUUUAACAAUGAGACUCGAUUUUACGAUCAAAUUUACCCGAUCUUCGAAAAAUUUCAACUUUAUAAAAACGUUAAAGCCCCUUUUAAUAACGUACCGAAAUAUUUUAAUCCGGGUGAAACUCGCGGGUUAAAACCGAUCGUUUUAGAGAACUUAAAAGUUGAAGGAUUCGAUUUACGUAAUCGACAAGAAUUGAUUGACGAGGAACAUUUAUGUUUAGCUUUGAAAGCGUUUGGGAAACUUCACGCCACCGGGUUUGCCUUGAAAGAUCAAGAUUUUGAAACAUUUUUGAAGAUAACCGAUGGGGUUAAAGACGUUUUAGCCGAUACGAUUGUUGAGAGUGGGUUCGAUAAAGUUAUCGGAAGCUGUAUUACGCAGUUUAUUGAAAGUUUAGAUCCGAAGGAAGAUAAAGAUAUUUUAAGAGCUUCGAAUGGUUUGCAAGAAAGUGUUGUGGAUUUUAUAAGAAAUAUUCCACAGUUUCAAGGAAGAUAUUGUACUUUUUUGCAAGGGGAUUGUUGGUCAAAUAAUAUGAUGUUUUUGUAUAAGGGUUCGAAUAAGCCGUUAGGGAUUAAAUUAAUCGACUGGCAAAUUAUAAGGGUUAAUUACCCGGUUUUUGAUUUAAGCUACUUCUUCUACAGCGCUGCAACUUCGAAAAUGUUGGGAAAUUGGGAGAAUUACAUGGGUAUUUAUCAUAAAUACUUUAGUGAGCAUUGCAGAAAUCUCGGGAGUGACCCAAAUGAGUUAUACCCUUUUGAGGUUCUUAAGGAACAUUGGAGGAAGUACUCGAAAUACGGAUUGGGGAUGGCGUUUUUGCUUGUUAAAGCGAUGCUUUAUGACAAGGAUGAAGCACCUGAUUUAGCGAAAUCUUUGGAAGGUGAUAAAAUUGAUGCGAAUAUAUUUAAUAACAAAACGAGACAUCAAGAUGUUUACGAUAGAAAAAUGAAGGAUAUAUUUAGGCAUUUUAUCGUUAACAAAUUUAUUUAAAAAUGAUUACAUUUGAAAUAAACUAUUUUUCUGGAAAGUA